AUGCUGCUGCAGUCACAGCCGGCGAACAGCACUAUGCCCGCCGGACUGACCCGCCACAGCAAGCGGAAGGCCGUCGAUUCGCUCGACAACAACGAGCGUCUGUCUAAGCGGCUGAGUUUGCUGAACAUUGAACAAAGUGGUACCAGGAUCUACGCUCCUGUCGCGAGCACUAGAUCACCAGUCGAGCACCAGCCCGUCCCCUCGUCAUCCUUCCAUGAAACUCUGCACGGACAGAACCAGUCGGCAUUGCCGGACGCCGCACAGUAUCCCCCGGCACGAGCCUUUUUCGAGACAGUAGCAGCACCGGCUGUGCCAGUUCCUCCAUCACGCACCGCUGAUGAGUCUUCCGACAUGCAGGUGGACGACACCAAGUUCAAGGUGUACAUCCACAACAUCGACGACGAGCUGGCCAGCGGCUCUGACUCGGACGGCGACGGCGAUGGAAAGCUCGUCUUCCUGCCCCACGUCAACAAGCACCUGCGCGAUGCUGCGCGGUCCAACGCCGGCUUCGUGCCCGCCAUCCCCCGGCCUAUCCGGGUCAACGAGGACGGUGAGCUGGCCGGCAUGCAGCUCGUGCUCUACAACGACCCCAGCUCGCUCUCCGUGGCACCCGAGCACGACAGCGUCCGCCAGGCUAUUUUGGAUGCCCGCGCCCGCAUUAGAGAGCGGCAGCGUGGGCAGUGCCUGGACAGCCCGCAGGGUCCAAGUAGCCCUGGCGUCUCGGACAUGACCGACGAAGAGUCCUCGUCUAUGCUGCAGUCUCCUGCUCGGUUCGACGAUGACGAUGAUGCCAUGGAAAUGGACUGA